UUGGUUCCCUUGGUCCACAGCCUCCAGAUUUCUUUUCAGCAGGGUGGUGAUGGAGAUGUGUGUGUGUGCUCGUGGGGCGAGGGUAUUUCGGCCUGCGUCAGGAUCAUUCCAGUUCUCCCACCUCAUGUUUCAGGGAAAGAGAAAAAGUUCAGCUAUCAAUAUCAGCUCAUAUCACUGAAAAGAAUUUUGAAGACAUAUUUUGCUGAAAAGACAACUGAGAAAAAUUUUACGAAUGGGAUGAACACGCUCCAGUUAAUAGACUACCUACUGCAAUUUGAAUGUUAACAUUGCCCACCUGGUGCAGUUACCUAGUGAUGUACCUGUUCUCACAAUACCCUAUUUCAGUGUGCUUGUCUUGAUUAAAGAAUUCAAAGUGGAGUACCGCAAACUUGAUAUGGAUAAUAAAAAGAAAGACAAGGACAAAUCAGAUGAUAGAAUGGCACGACCUACUGGUCGAUCAGGGCACAAUACUCGAGGAACUGGGUCUUCAUCAUCUGGAGUUUUAAUGGUUGGACCUAACUUUAGAGUUGGAAAAAAAAUUGGAUGUGGCAAUUUUGGAGAAUUACGAUUAGGGAAAAAUUUAUACACAAACGAAUAUGUGGCAAUUAAAUUGGAGCCCAUGAAGUCCAGAGCACCACAGUUACAUUUGGAAUACAGAUUCUACAAGCAGUUAGGAUCUGGCGAUGGUAUACCUCAAGUUUACUAUUUUGGCCCUUGUGGUAAAUACAAUGCUAUGGUGCUGGAACUGCUGGGACCUAGUUUGGAAGACUUGUUUGACUUGUGUGACAGAACAUUUUCUCUUAAAACGGUUCUCAUGAUAGCUAUACAAUUGAUUUCUCGCAUGGAAUAUGUUCAUUCAAAGAACUUGAUAUACAGAGAUGUAAAACCGGAAAACUUCUUAAUAGGACGGCCAGGAAACAAAACCCAGCAAGUUAUUCAUAUUAUUGAUUUUGGUUUGGCAAAGGAAUAUAUUGAUCCAGAGACAAAGAAACACAUACCAUACAGAGAACACAAGAGCCUUACAGGAACAGCUAGAUAUAUGAGCAUAAACACACAUUUAGGAAAAGAACAAAGUAGAAGAGAUGAUUUAGAAGCAUUAGGUCAUAUGUUCAUGUAUUUUCUGAGAGGCAGUCUUCCUUGGCAAGGCUUAAAGGCUGACACAUUAAAAGAGAGAUAUCAGAAAAUUGGAGAUACAAAAAGAGCUACACCUAUAGAAGUGUUAUGUGAAAAUUUUCCAGAAGAAAUGGCAACAUACCUUCGUUAUGUUAGAAGGCUAGAUUUUUUUGAAAAGCCAGACUAUGACUACCUAAGAAAGCUUUUUACUGACUUAUUUGAUCGAAAAGGAUAUAUGUUUGACUAUGAAUAUGAUUGGAUUGGUAAACAGUUGCCUACUCCAGUGGGUGCAGUUCAGCAAGAUCCUGCUCUCUCAUCAAGCAGAGAAGCACAUCAACACAGAGAUAAGAUGCAACAAUCCAAAAAUCAGUCGGCAGACCACAGGGCAGCUUGGGACUCCCAGCAGGCAAAUCCCCACCAUUUGAGAGCUCACCUUGCAGCAGACAGACAUGGUGGCUCGGUACAGGUUGUAAGUUCUACAAAUGGAGAGUUAAACACAGAUGACCCUACUGCAGGACGUUCAAAUGCACCCAUCACAGCCCCUACAGAAGUAGAAGUGAUGGAUGAAACCAACUGCCAGAAAGUGUUGAACAUGUGGUGCUGCUGUUUUUUCAAACGAAGGAAAAGGAAAACCAUACAGCGCCACAAAUGACUCUUGACACAGAUCAUGGGGAGUUACUUACGUGUUCAUCUGCUGUCUUGUGAUUAAAAUCAUCUCUAUAGUGACCACAUGUAUUUUCAAAGACUCACUCUUAGAAACAAAAAUGUCAUACUUUCAUACUUCAUUUUGUGGUUGUCUUACAUUCAUAUUUUUUUCUAAUUUAACUUUUAUGGAAGCUUUACAGUUUUGUCAAAACAUGAAUGCUUUGCCCAUCAAUGAAUGGAACGGACCAAUGAGGUGGUGGUAUUGAUGGAUAUAGUUCUGUGGAAUAUUUUUCAGAAGCUCUUCUCCUGUUGUAGAAAGCAGUACAGUAUCUUAACUGUCAACCAGUUAUGUACCUAAUCUGGUUUUUUAUAUGUUCUGUAAGAGCAUAAUCAAGCAGGAAUUUUCUUCCCAGUGGAUAAUGCAACAGAGAAAACAAGAGUUACCCGAAUAUUUAAAAGAAGUUAUUCCUUGAGAAGUUCAUAUUUUGUGACAUCUACAUUGAUUUCAGUAUUACGGAUGGUACUGUAAUUCAUGAGUAAUAUUAACAUUCUCUUUGUGAAAUCAUGGUACAGUCACUGCCCAGAGGUACUGAGGAAAAAGCUCUAUGGGUUCAGUAGAUGGUAGUGGUAAAAUGAAUCAUAAGUAGUGUGGUAUGAGCUCUGCUUUUGUUGCACCACUAUGUGAAGUAUCAUGUUGCAAAAGUGGCAAAAGCGCUUGUUUUAAAAAAUGCAAAAUAUUUGUAUAAUGUAACUUUAUGCUUCCAGAUAAUAAUGUAUGUUAGACAGCAAGAAAUGAAUACUUUGAGAAGUGAUAUAUGUUGGAGUUUUUAAGAAAUACACUAAGGAGAAGAAAUAAAUGUGAACUUCAUUGUAAUGUAUAAGGUUGAAGCCUAAGGAGAUCCCACUGAAACCUACUGCUAAAUGAUUACAUUCUUCCUUAAGCAGAAGACUUUGGAUGUGCCAUGCAGUGGUGUCUGUUUAUUACUUAUUUUGCUCUUUGAUAAAAAAGACCCCUGGCAAUAAAAACUGGGUCACACUAUUGCCCUCUGUGCACAUUAGUCUCUUGUAUUCAACUUUGCUGGUUCUUUGGAAUUUUCCUACUCUUUAGCAUAAUUUUGAUGAUUGAAAAAUAUUUUGGAGAGGAUGGGUCAGGUGCUUUGCCUCCAUAGCGUUUUGAAGUGCCUGCAUAUGAACAAAGUAACAGUUCUGUAAAAAAGGAAGCCCAUUCCACUUUUCAAGUAUGCUUUGUUUUAAGCCAUAAAGACACUGUUGUCAUUUGUCACAUUCUCCUAGACUUUUCAAAAAGGGGUUAAAAAAAAGACUGACUAGAAAGAUAAUUAUGUGGAUCAAAUCUCAUAUUCACCUUUCAUUUAUAAAAUUGUUACUCCUUCCAUACCGUCUCUUCUUUGUCUUUAAGUGUGUUCCUGUAGGCAUGCUUAUUUAUUUUUAUUGCCUCAAGGUAACAUUUAAAAUGUGUGUUAAAGUAAAUAAAUCCACUUUUUUUUUUUACUUUAUUAUUGCAUUUAUAGAGAUUUAAUUGUACUUUGUAAUUUAUUUUUCUUAUUAGCCAAAAGUUCAAUGCGUUGUUUUUGAUGAAUUAGGCACCAAUAUGAACAUCACAAAUCAGGACAUUAUGUAUCGUUGUUGCUCUGAAUCCUAUGAAUGAUCUUUUCUUGAUUUUAAAGACCUACACUCAAUCUAGAAAACUUGCUGUAUAAUUUGGUCAACAGUUUCUGCUCUAUCUAUUUGUAUACCGUUAUGAUGUCUUAAACUACAGGAGUUACAUACUGAGUUUUUAUUUUUGUUUCCUUUGAGCAAGGUAGAUGGAUGUUUUGGCCAUUAUAAUGUGAAACCACUUCUUCUUUCUUUACAGUAUUUGACCAAAUUUGUGUGUCUAUGAUAUUUGUAAAUACAUGCGAUAUCUGUAUUUCUUAUCAUAAGCUUGUUUAGUUUUAUUCUCAGUAGGGUUUUUUGGACUGUACAGUGUUUAUAUGAUCUGAACUCCUUAUACAUAAGAAGGUGUGUAUAUUAAUCCAAUUAUGGACUUAAAAUAUUUUAAAAGUAUAAAUACCCUUAUUUGCUGCAAAGACCAGUGUGUAGACAUUUGCUUUUUAGCAAUAUUUUUAAGUGCUCCAUUUUAAUGCCAAGGAAUAAAUCUUUUGGCAACACAAACUGGUCAAUAAUAGGUAAUGCAGGUAUGUUCAGGUUAAGCCAACAAUGUUUUGCAUUUUUAUGCUUCUUUUCUGUCAACACUAAUGAAGUCAACAUUGCCUGAAUGUCUGAAUAAUGAAACACAUCCCUGUUUAAAAGUAUGUAACUGAAAAAGGAAUAAAAAAUAAAGGUAGUUUUUUUAAACUUG